CACACACACACAUUGCACCACAUUGUAGCAAUGGCAAGACGUUACAAGAUGCCUGAGGGCUGUUCCACAUGGAGAACGUGGAGGUGAUCAACGGGUACCUUCAGAGCCGUGGGAGCUUGGUGCAGUGUGCUCUCACCGAGUCCAAGGGCCGAAUCCUUGUGGCAUCAAGGGACUUUGAAAGUGGAGACGUCAUCUACACCGAGCCGCCGCUGCACAUCAUCGAGGAAGAUGAGAAUAGUGAACUUUUCCGGCAGUUGGAGCAGUUCGCUUUGGUGCAUGACCUUUGCUAUAGUGCGCGGUGGUGCUGGUGCGCUCUCAACUCCUUGACAGCUGGUGACCUCGAGCAGCUUCCUUUGCGGUGCUCCCUUAUCUCGGAAGGAUUACAACGCCAGCUCCUGUGGCUUUGUGCACCUGAUGAGAAUGACUCGGCAGCGCUGCCUGCCAUACAGCAGCUGUUGCUGGACCUGGGAAUGACCACAGAUUUGACGGAUAAAUUUUGGCGGCUGCUGCAAGUUUGGAAAUACAACAGCUUCGAGUACAGUGACGACCCCGUUGCCUCCGCCAUUUACUUGCAGGCGUCUUUCCACUCACACGACUGCAAUCCAAACUCCAACUGGGUAGCUGAUGAGCAACUGGUCCUCCGUGCUCGCAGACCAAUUGCUGCUGGCGAGGAGGUGACCAUUAGCUAUUUGUCAGAUGAGGAGCUUUUCGAAGCCACUAUGGAGCGUCGCAUGCGCUUGCGGAUCUCCAAGGAUUUUCAUUGCCUUUGUCAACGCUGUUCAGAGCAUUGGGACCGCAGUCGUGGCGUGCGCUGCCGCUGCGGCAGUUUGCGGUUCCUCGCCGCGGAAGGAUCUGACUUGUCGCCUUGCGACGCUGGCUGUGCCUGGCCUGCAGUCGAGGUGACCAAGAGAGAGGAACUUUUGGUCCAGCUUUGCAGGCAGCAAGCCGACGCAGAUCGUGCCACACGUUUGGCCACGGCCCAGAGUUUCGCUCCAGCUGCACACCAACUGUUGCCAAGGCACUGGGCAACCGAGUGCUUGCAUAAAUGGCUGGCUGAAGGUUGCGCGACAAAGAAAGAGGCCAAAGAAUGCGAGGAGAAGAGGCUUGAAUUUCUACAGGAUGCCUAUGAAGGAGCCAUGCGCAAUACACACACAGCGUGGGUCAUGCAGAGCUUGGCUAUGUGGACCCUGAGCUCAUGCGGAGUAUUGCGUGAAGACCCACCUCCUAGCCCUGCACCUUCGACUGAGCGGGAAGGGUAUGAGGCCAGUGACCCGACAGGCAGGAUUUGCGAAACAUCCUUGAGGAAACCUCUUUGUUGAACUCUCAAACAGACAC